GUGAGGCAGCUCUCCGCAGGCGCUGACGGGGCGCAUCCUUGCUCCACAGAACUGGAGGAGCUCUGUCUGGUCCGGUGUGAGAUCCCUCCGGGCUUCCCAGCUGAAGCCAAGCACCCCGCGCGGCCAGGAGCGAGGAUGGAGUGGCUGGUGUUGAGGAGGCUCUUCUGUCAUCUGUCUACCUUCCAACUGAUUUGGUUCUUGGCUGCCAUGAUGUUAUGCAGGGCACAAGUGGACACCCAAGAUGUAAGAGAGUUGCUGAACGCACCUGCUUCUUUAAGAUGCUCUCUGCAAAAUCCCCAGGAAGUUUUGAUUGUGACAUGGCAAAAAAUCAAGGCUGUUAGCCCAGAAAACAUGAUCACCUUUAGCCAGAACCAUGGGGUUGUAGUCCAGCCUGCCUAUAAGGACAAGAUAAACAUCACCCAGCUGGGACUCAUGAACUCAACCAUUACCUUCUGGAAUACCACCUUGGAAGAUGAAGGGUGUUACAAGUGCCUCUUCAAUACCUUUGGUUCUGGGAAGAUCUCAGGAAUAGCCUGCCUCACUCUCUUUGUACAGCCCACAGUAUUCCUUCACUAUAAAUUAUCUGAAGACCACCUAAAUAUCACUUGCUCUGCCAAUGCUCGCCCAGCCCCUAUGAUCUCCUGGAAGGUCUCUGGCUCAGAGAUUGAGAACAGUACUGAGAUUCUCUCACACCCCAAUGGGACAACGUCUGUCACCAGCAUCCUCCAGAUUAAAGACCCCAAGAGUCAGGUGGGGAAGGAGGUGAUCUGCCAGGUACUGCACCUGGGGACUGUGACCGACUACAGGGAAACUGUGACCAAAGGCUUUUGGUUUUCAGUUCCACUAUUGUUAAGUAUUGUUUCCUUGGUAAUUCUUCUGGUCUUAAUUUCAAUCCUACUAUACUGGAAACAUCGUCGGAACCAAGACCGAGAGCCAUAGAAGAGUCACACAGAACCCUGAAAGUUAUUCCCUGGUCUACUUGAAUCUGACUCAGGAGGCAAGCAGGAGAAAGAGGGUCAUUCUCCAAGGAACCUAAAAGAGCAAAAGAAGUUGGAGUCAAAGGCCUAAGAAUUUCAAGAUUUUCUACUGCCAUCUAGGCUACCCAAUGCUUCUGUGAGUUCCAAGAGGAAGUCAUUUUACCUCUCAGGUCUGUUGUAGGACUUGAUUUUGUAAAACAAUGCAGUGUUGUGCUUUUGAAAGGGUACUGGACUUAGAAUCAGGGGCCACCGCUCAGAGGCUGACUUUGACUCCGACUGGUGGCAACUCUAUGUUAAUCACUAUCUCAAUGAGCUUCCACGUUUGCAUACAGAAAAUUAAGGAUUUGGACCAAAUAAUUUGCCAUUCUGCUCUAAAACUGGUUGUAAUUCCAGGGAAAAAAAAAAGGAAUAAACAAAGAGAAAAGAAAUGAAAAAGAGAGAGAAGAAUACAGGAAGGUAGGGACCAAAGAACUUUUCUGAGACUACCUUUUGCCUUUCUGUGGCUAUUCCACCUCUUCUUCCCUUCUUCUUUGGUCCGUAAGUCUAUUUCCUCGUCACUUGGUAUCUAGUCCACCGCCUGCUUACUGUUUUGCUAAUAACUGGUCUUUCUAGAACCCUCAGUUUCACUGCUAUUCUUCAUGUACUUCUGUGAUAUUUACCACAGUGGAAGUGGAACUGAAUUUAUUGUGAAGUAACAUUGACAACCUUAACUUUACUUAUCUGUUUUUAUAGCAGACUAAAUAUUAUUAGUCUUAGCAGCUCGCAUUUUUAA